CUGCAGUAAGAUCGCCUUCUUCAGAAUGGAUAACCCCGGAGAACUGUAAGAUAAAGAUAAAAAAACUUUAUCGUCCAAAAUGGAAAUGUAUCUUUUUUGCGCUCUCUGGCUUUCAUUCACUGAGACUUAUGAGGGCAGGGUGCUGUCCUAUGGGAUGGAUGACAGCCAGCAGGAUCAGUACGAGGAGCGUCUGAAGGAGGUCUUUGAGAGUUUCGACACCAGCGGCGCCGGGUCGCUGUGCCCGGAGGAGCUAUCUGACCUGUGCCAGGCCCUGCACCUGGAGGAUUCCACCCCUACACUGCUCCAUGCCCUGCUGCAGAACCAGGACCCACUCACUGGCAGGGUUGGUUUUGACCAGUUCAAGAAUGCCCUGAUUGUGGUGUUAUCAACGAGCAUAGUAGCACCACCUGCGCCCAGUCAGGAGACAGCACCUGCUUCUCUAUCACCAGACUCAACAGUCCAAGCUAAGUUUGUGCGGGGUAGUAAACGCUAUGGCCGAUACUCUACACCAGAGUUCAUAGACACCAUCACAGGCUUCUCAGAGGUGCUCAGCUCAAACGCUACAGACCCACAAGAUCAUGAAGACUCUACUGUGCCCAGGAAACGUGAGCGCUGGAAUGCUCAUGAAAGCGGAACGGAAGAGUACGAGGCAGAAGGCCAGCUGCACCUGUGGAACCCUGAUGAACCCUCUACUCCACGGGGCUCUAUCACACCCCUCUCAGACCACCAGGAGGAGAGGUUUCGGGAGGCCUGUGAGGAGCUGACUAUGCCUUGGGAUGGAUGUGCCAGCCACCAUGAGCUACUGGCUCUCUGUGACCACCUGGGUCUAGAGGUGACGGAGGAUGUCCUCCAGGUUCUAAGUGGUGAUGAGGUCAUGAGCGUUCAGGCGUUUACUUCCUGGGUUCUGAACCAAGCCAAGCCCCCCACCCCGUCUGCCUCCACACCUUACAGACAGCUCAAAAGACUACACUCCUCACAGCCAUUCGAUGAGACGGGCCGUAGAACCAGCGCUAUGACGAGCACCAUCGGGAUGCGUCUGUUCUCUACUCUGGACGAUGGGACAGGGUCCGCUCCUGCUGAGGACAUCCUGGAUGUCUGGAUGGAGGAGGGCAUCGAGAACAGCCCAGAGAUUCUACAGGCCUUGGAUUUUGACCUGGAGGGAAAAGUGAACCUCAGGGAGCUGACUGUGGCUCUGGAGAACGAGCUCCUCGUCACUAAGAAUGGGAUCCACCAGGCUGCACUGGCCAGCUUCAAGGCUGAGAUCAGAUACCUACUUGAACGUGUAGAUCGGGAGCUCCGGGAGAAAGAGAAGACUCGUUCUGACCUGGACAAAGCAGAGAAGUUAAAAACCCAGCUGGCUUCUGAGGUGGACGAACAUCACUCUGCCAUCGAACGCAUGAAUGACCUCAACCUGAGGAAGCUGGAGCAGGAACACAGGGAGAAGCUGGUGUCUGUCCGGUCAGAGCUCAUUAAAGAGAUGGACCAGAUUCAGCAGCAGACUGGUCAGCAGAGAGAGAAACUAGAGGCAGAGAUGGAGAAGCUCAGAGACGACGAGACCUUCCUCAGAGACCACCUCUCACUCACUGUCAAGGAGAGUAGGCGUCUGGAGAUGGAGCUGCUGGACAGCACUGAGAAACUGGUAGAGGCAGAAAACCAGGUCAGCAAACUGCAGAGGAACCUGGACAACAUCCUGAAGGAAAAGUUUGGGGAUCUGGACCUGGGCAGUGCUGAGUUCUUCCUACAGGAGGAGAGUCUCAAAUGGCUACGCAGUAGCUAUGAGGAACGGUGUCGGGAGCUGCAGGAUCGCAUCGAUGAGCUUCAAGCAGAGCUGCAGGAGUACCACAACCUGGGCCGCACCUCUCAGCUCUGUCUCAAACCCUCUCUCUCUGAGGACCUGGAGAGUAAGAGUCCUGGCAUGGAGUCAGACCCAGGUCUAGGCUCAGAGGAGGGCCAGCCGUUGUUCAACAUGAGCCUGGAGGCAGAGAUGAUGCUGGAGCGGCUGAAAGAGAAGCACCUCCGAGAGUUGGAGGAGCUACAGGCUCAGCUGGAGAGCAAGGUGAGUGAGUUUGACCAGAAGGUGGAGGAGCAGAAAGCCGACCUGGAGGCCCAGAAGGAGGCCUUGUCCCUGCAGUACCUGGAGGAUAUCCAGGCACUACGAGGGGGAGAUGUCCAUCAUCCAGAACCGAGCCCUGGAGCUUCAGCGUCUGCCAAAUGGCAUAUAGAUACAGUUGAAGUGAGCAGCCUGAGACAGGAGCUCCUGGAGUCCCGCAUCCAGAUUUCUGACCUGGAGGAACAGCUGAAAGUCCUGGAGGCCCAACAAGCGAAGGCUGAGCUGGGCCUGGACACAGAGAUGCAGGAGCUGAGGAAACUUCACGCCUUGGAACUCAACAAGCUGGACGUGCAGCACGACAACAUCCUUCAGGUCAGGCUGGAAGAAGAGAAGGGGAAUCUACAGGAGGAGCGGGAGAAGGUGGAGAGGAAACUGUUAGAGGAGUGGGAGAGGGAGAAGAUGGAGUUACAGCAGAGCCACAAUGAGGCAAUGAAGGCUAGGAUAGAGGAGGUGAGUUUGAAGUUCCAGGCAGAGCGAGAGGAGUUAGAGAUGCGACUCACAGAGGAGUGGGAGAGGGAGAAGGCUCAGCUGGAUGAGCAGAGUAACGAGUCGCUCCAGACCGUGUUAGAGGAGGAGAUGUUACGUCUAGUCAAGGAGCAGGACAGUAGGGAGAUACGGCUCACUGAGCAGUGGGAGCUGGAACAAGUUCAGCUCAAGGAGUGUCUGGAGGAGACUUUCCUCACCCGGUUGGCGGAGGAGAAUCUGAAGCAGCAGGAGCAGCAGGAGGAGGUGGAGAGGAGGCUCAGGGAGGACUGGGACAGGGAGAGACUCCAGCUGGAGGAGGACUAUGAGGGGAUGCUCCAGGAGCAGCUGCAGGAGGACAGGGAGAGGCUUGCGGAAGAGAAGGAGGAGGUGGAGAAGAGGCUGCAGCAGAUGAUGGAGGAGGAGAAGGAGCGCCUGGAGGAGGUCCACAGACAGGCCGUGCAGGAACUGAGUGCCAAACACAGUGAGGAGAGGGAACAGCUCAGCGGUCUGCUGGACAAACUGCGAGAGGAAAUCGCUGAGGAAAGGAAAGAACUAGAGAGCCACUUUUCCCAGAAAAUCAGGGAGGUGGAGGCCCGGUUCUCAGGCGACCAAGACGCUGUCGCAGAGCGCUUCCAAACCGACGUUUCCAACCUGGAGAAGCACUAUCAGAGCAAGCUGAAGGCACUCACUGACAACCACGCUGAGCAGAAAACCAAAUGGGAUGCGGAAACAGAGGAAGCCCUUCAGAAAGCUGAAGAGCAGAGGAGAGUUCUGCAGGAAACCAGAGAACAAGAGCGAGAGACCAUCACCCAGGACCUGCUGAAAGAGAGGGAGCUGCUAGAGAGUGUCCAUAAGGAAGAGAUGGGCGCAUUGGUUGCGAAGAACCAUGAACUCCAAAAGGAGCUGGAGAGUUUCAUCAGUUUAGCCCAGACCAAAGAGAUUGAGCUGAGUAGGCAGCUGAAUGAUCUUCACAAUAGGCUGCAGGAGAACCUGGACACUAAAGACGAGCUUCUGGCCAAGUCUGAGAAGAAAGCCCAGGAGAUCGAGCUUCUGCUGAACCAGGCCGUGGAGGACUUCAAGCAGGAGAGGGCAGAACUUCAGGGAAACCUUUCUGAAUUAGAGGUGAGGCACUCCUUGGCUGAGAAGCAGCUUGAGGAGAUGAGUGAGCUGCUCUCAGAACAUGAUAACCAGAAGUUGAAGAUCAAAGAACUGGAGAAGCUCCUGAGACAGGCAGCUGUGGACUUUCAAUUUGAGAGGCUGGAGCUGCAAGAGAACAUCUCAGACCUGGAACUGAAGCUGAAGGAGUGCCGUCCUUCCUCUGACCUGCAGGACAAUGAGAAAGGAGAGCUUCUGGUCGAGAGAGACCAGCUUAGUAUUAGAAUUCAGGAAAUCGAGAAUGAGCUCAACCAACUUCUAGACUCUGCAGACAUAACAGGUGGCAAAGAAAUGGGAGAAUCAAAUGAAGUAAAUGUAGCACCACUAGGAGAGGAACAUAUAGAGGCUGCAGCUUUUGAAGAACAAGUAGGUUCAGAAAACAUUACCGUUAGUGAUGAGACAUGUGACAAUGUUGUUCCAGAGGACUGUGAAGGCCUUGACGUAGAAUAUGUAUUCCCUAUGGAGCAGGGACCAAAUGACAAAGUUGAGAUUAUUACUGUAUCACCUCAUGAGAUGGAGAUUUCUGAGAACAUCAUUGCAGAAGUUUGUGAUCAAGAAAUAACUGUUACCUCAGACAACCUGAAUGUCUUAGUAGAGGCAUCUGAAACCUGUGGUGAACAAGGACAAGAUGAUCAGGUGGAGAUGAUACCUGAAACUCCAAAUAGGUUAGAGGAAUGUCCUGAAGACACCAUAACUCUUCAUUUUGAUGGGACAUGUGAUGAUGAAACUACUGUGGACAAUGGCCCAGACCCAGUGGUCGAAUCUGUUGCCGUUGAGGGGCAAGCACAAGAUGACAACACUAGUGAGGGAAGGAUGAAUUCUGAAACCUCUGAAGACAUUGAGGUAUGUCCUGAAAACAUUAUCAGUGUUGAGGCAUGCAAUGGUGAAGUCGCUGCUAUUCCAGAAGAAUGCCAAGACCUUGUUGAGGAAUCCCAAUCGUCUGAAAGCCAAUGUCAGGCUGAGGACAACAUGGAAGAAGACACCAACAAUGACAUUGUAGCAAUGUCCAUUUCAGAGGAGAAACCUCAAAGUGAUGACAUUGAUGGAGAUGUCUGUCCCUCUGAGAUUAAGUGUGAAGACUCCUCCCCUGAUAAGAUUGGACAGAAUGAUGCUAGUGUACAAGAAACUGUUUUCGAUGAUAAGCCUGAAGAGGAGGAACUUCAAGAUGAUCUGAUUAAUGAAGAAGUGAAGAGUUUUGUGUCUCUGGUUGUCUCUUCAGCCCUAGAGGAGAUCGGUCAUGACACUGACGAUACCAAAGUGGCUUGUCUUUUUGAGGAAACUCAAGAUCUAGAGAAAAAGCCUGUGGAACUGAUUCCUCAGCUGCAGCAGAGGUGCGAAGAAGCAGUGAAUGAGCAAGAUGACUAUAUCCGUGAGAUCCUGGAGCUCCAUGAGCAAGUCAGUCAGUUGGAGAGCGAGACCAGUCUUCUGGCUCAGCUACAGAGCCAGUAUGACAGUGCCACUGAGGAGAACCUGGCGCUACAGCAGAAGAUUUCCGAGCUUCAGCAGAAGUCGGAUGCACUAGAGAGUCUUUCAGCAGAAAACGAUCAGCAAGCUUUAGAGAAAAACGGCACCCUCAAAGCUCAGGCCAACGAGAUCAAGGUGACGUCUUCAGAUAUGACCUCGCUUCAGAUCCGAUACGAGGAGUGUAUCUGUGAAAACGCCAAGCUGGAGGAGCAAAACUGUCGGCUGGAGAAGAGAGUUGUGGGCCUUGAGAGCAAGAUGCACAUCAUCCAAGACUUCCAAGAUCAGCAAGUAGCGUUGGUGGACGAGAUCACCAGGAUGAGAGAGGAGAAUUGUAAGCUGACUGAGCUAGUCAGCGAGUUAGAGAGGCAGGAUGAGAUUCUCAUGGCUCUGCAGCUGGAGGCCGAGUCCGAGGAAGACGCCACCACAGAACAAGAACAAGAGUCCUUCCUGGACCUGAACUCCCAACUGGAGGCUAAGAUACAAGUGGUGUCGGAGCUGGAGGACUGCUGCACGGAGUUCGAGAAGCAGAACGCCAAGCUCCGCAGAGCCCUAACAGACCUGCAGGACAAGUCGCUGAAGAUGCAUGAAAAGAUGCAGACCCAUAGGAAUGAGGCGGGUCGUUUAGCAGAGGAGAACCUCUUACUCAGACACAAGAUCUCCGUGCUGAAGGAAGAGGACCUGAGAGAGACCCAGGAGGAGACGAUCUUGAAACUGGAGCAUUUCAGGAAGGAGAAGAUAUCUGCACAAAAGAAAGCAGAGAGUUUCAAGAGACAGAUCUCUGAGCUGCGUCUCCGCAGUCAGCAGCUGGAGGAUGAGAACGGGCUGCUGUCGGAGAAGAACGCCCAGAAUGCAGCAGGAGUGGAGGGGUUGAGCCAACAGCUGGGGGAACUGCUCAGACAGAGUGAGAGACAGGAGGCUGUCAGAGACCAGCAGCACAAUGAACCAGAGGACAACAGGACCAAGGUGGCUAAGAUGGGGGCUGUGGAGUGCCAGCUCUCCCUCCUCCUGCAGGAACACAAGGCUUUGGAGAAACUAACCCAGGGAUUACGCAAUCAGCUUGCCAAGUCUCAGGAGAGGACUCAUGUGUUGGAUGAAAGUCUCCAGUCUGUUCACCUCCAAAACGCCCGUCUCAAGUCAGACCUCCGCGUGUCACAGCAGGAGAAGGACGCCCUCAAACAGGAAGUGAUGUCACUGCACAAACAGCUGCAGAAUGCCAACGAUAAGAACCAGGUUCUGGAGAUGGCCCUGCACUCCAGCGGAUACCAGAGCCAGCACAAGAAGUUGUACCGGGACGAGCUGGCCAGGUUGGUGGAACAGGAGCAGCAGCUGCUGAGGCAGGAGAACGAGAGGCUGACCGUGGAGCUCCACAACACCAAGGACGACCUUCACCACAGCAGGGACAAGACGCGUCAGCUGGAGGCAGCCAUCUUCACCGUGAAGCAGCAGAAACAGCAGGGCCAGUCCAGUGUGGUGAAGACUGUGGAACAGGAGAAGACUGCUCUGAAGAGAGAGCUGAACGUGAUGCAUCAGGAGCUACUCUCUGCUCAGAACAAGGUGUGUGAGGUCCAGAGAGAGCUGGAGAGUCUUCGUCAGGAGAACGAAGGUCUGAAGACCCAACAGGCCCAGCUACAGGCACGGCUUCUGGAGGCCCUCCAAGUCCAGCUGGUUGGUCUGCUGCCCACAUCCCCUCGCAGGAUGCCUGGUGAGCGGAGAGAGCAACACCGCAGGGACGACCUCAACCCAGAGAACAUACAGAACGAGAGGGCGACGAUGAUGAUGAUGAUGAUGAAGAUGGAGGAACGUAUGAGGGAGAUAGAGCUGUCUCUGCAUAACGUCAAGCUGCUGCUCAAGGAGAAGGUCUGCCAACUCAAAGAUCAGCUCCACAAGAACGGCAAAGCUGAUUCGUUGAUCAAGGACCUGUACGUGGAGAACGCCCAGCUGCUGAAGGCCUUGGAGAUGACCGAGCGGAGACAGAAAGUAGCAGAGAAGAAGAACUAUCUACUGGAAGAGAAGAUCUCCAGCCUCAACAAGAUAGUCAGAGACCUAAGCCCCUCACCCCUACCCACAAUGCCCUACCAUUUCACCUGUUCCUAAUACUACACUUUGAUCCCUCACCCCAGUAGCUGGAAGGAACAUGGAUCUAAUACUACACUUUGACCCCUCACCCCAGUAGCUGGAAGGAACAUGGAUCUAAUACUACACUUUGACCCCUGAUCCCAGUAGCUGGACGGAACAUGGAUCUAAUACUACAGUUUGACCCCUCACCCCAGUAGCUGGAAGGAACAUGGAUCUAAUACUACACUUUGACCCCUCACCCCAGUAGCUGGAAGGAACAUGGAUCUAAUACUACACUUUGACACCUCACCCCAGUAGCUGGACGGAACAUGGAUCUAAUACUACACUUUGACCCCUGAUCCCAGUAGCUGGACAGAACAUGGAUCUAAUACUACACUUUGACCCCUGACCCCAGUAGCUGGACAGAACAUGGAACUAAUACUACACUUUGACCCCUGACCCCAGUAGCUGGACAGAACAUGGAACUCGAGUGUUACAUUCACAUUUGAGCCC